AUGUGCUUCUACUAUUACGCGUGUGCGGUAGGAAUACUGCAGCUACGGACCUUAAUCACUAUUGAGAAGAUGGCGUUGCCAGAUUCAUACCUUCAGACCUUUCAAACCUCGUUCGAGGCUUCAAUAAAAAAUAUGCAACCGAUCAGUGUAUUUAUACUGAAUCCAGGAGAUCUGCGUGAUCCCAAGCGGCUAAAGAGUAUGUUCUUCAAGAGAUAUACGAGAAACAGUGCCUUCGAAAUUGCAGCCAUCAAACAAAUUGUACAUGAUUUCGAAAACGCUACCUAUAGCUAUGGAUCUGAGAGCACAUUCUUUUGGAUCCCUUUAUACGAGGAAUUCUUAAAUUUUUACGGUGAGACAGACGAAUUCACGUAUGCUGAGAUGCCUACAUUCUUCAAGUCAGCCACAUAUUUCUAUCUGACAACAUUCGUCAAAUACAACGAAAGUGCAUGUUUGGCAAACAAUCCUCAAUGUAUAACGUCGUUUUUUUUCAUGACUAAUUUCCACGGAGUAAGAACUACUUGA